CAUUCACAUAUUAUUGAUAAAGAAACAAAAGAAAAGAAGACAACAAACAAUGUUGGCAAUAUUUCACAAAACUUUUGCUCAUCCGCCGGACGAGCUUAACAGCCCAGCUUCUCAAAACGGUACGACCAAACCUAAACUACCUGAAGAAACUCUGAAUGGCUUCAUUUCUCGUCAUCCUCGUAACACUUUCAGUAUGACCUUUGCCGGAGCUGCUGUUCUUGCCUAUGUUCGUCCCGACAACCCUUUUACGCCACAACAACGGUUAUUUUGUGGGCUGGAGGAGAUAUAUUGUGUAUUUAUUGGGAGCUUGAACAAUUUGUGCAUGCUCAAUAGACAAUACGGUCUAACAAAGGGAAGCAAUGAAGCUAUGUUUAUCAUUGAGGCUUAUAGAACACUGCGUGAUCGAGGUCCAUAUCCAGCUGAUCAAGUUGUUAAAGAUCUUGAAGGAACUUUUGCUUUUGUUAUCUAUGAUUCCAAAGCUGCUACUGUUUUUGUUGCACUGGGUUCUGAUGGGGGAAUAGAGCUUUUCUGGGGUAUUGGAGGUGAUGGUUGUGUUGUAAUUUGUGAUGAUUUGGAGGUUAUUAAAGCAAGCUGUGCUAAAUCAUUUGCCCCUUUUCCACCAGGAUUUAUGUUCCAUAGUGAAGGGGGAUUGAUGAGCUUUGAGCAUCCCAUGAACAAAGUGAAAGCAAUGCAGAGAACAGACAGUGAAGGAGUGAUCUGCGGUGCUGACUUUAAAGUGGAUAAAUACACGAGAGUCAAUAGCCUGCCACGUAGGGGAAGUGAGGCUAAUUGGACCGAGUGGGACUCUCAUACUUAGCCAAAACAAAACAGCAUUCAAUUUCCAUGUUCAUAUAAUGUUUUCAAUUUCCUUCUCUUUUAUGUCUGCUUCUCAACUUGUAAUAAAAUCUUUUUCAUCUUUAAUGAACUCCUUCAGUUUUGGUAA